UAUAUUGUCUCUCUGUGAUGUCUCUUAAGGGAUGGCUGGGUUCUUUGCCAUUGUGGCAUACAGACUGUUCAAACUGAAGAACAGAGGAGAUACGAAGAUGUCAGUCCACCUGAUUCACAUGCGUGUGGCUGCGCAGGGCUUUGUGGUGGGAGCCAUGACUUUAGGAGUGAUCUAUUCUAUGUACAGAGAGUACGUUCUCAAACCUCACGAAGCACAGAAAGCGUUAGAGCAGAAGGCAUUGGAAAAAAAGUGAAGAGAAAUGUGUUAGAUUCCUGCGAUAUCCUUAAUACCAACGGUUUGUGUUUACUGCUAACAUAAGAACUUUUUAAAAAUAAUUUCUUGAAACGGUUUCCUUUUUAAACUUUAAUAAACCUCAGAAAAGGAGGUUAGGUUGCCUGGCAUGUUUAAGAAACAUUGUACAGUAUGCGACGGAAUUGUAGCUAUUUUGCUACCGCCAACUACUAUUUAUGAAAAAAAAAUUUUUUGUUACUGAAAAUAUUUGGAUUAGUGUAAUUUCUGCUAAAUGCUGCUGCUCUUAUGUCAGUGUUGUGCCCUUGUUUCAUCACAGAAGUGUGGAAUUAAGACCUUUGCACCUUGUAACUCAAGAUUCGUUCUUGUAUCAUUUAAGUCAAUAGUCGAAAGAAAUUCCAGGACAGCAAACCUAACGAACCAUCAUCUGAAAUUUGACAAUGCAUUGAACACAAUAUAGGGACUUCACCACUGCUUCACUGUGUGUAUGAGUGUAAGUGUCACGAGGAAGGAGAGGAGCUUGUUCUUUUGUAGAUUUAUUGAUUGAUUGUGUUACUGUGUGAGGUAAUUAUUGCACCUUUUUUUUCAUAUUUCAAAACAGACACAAAUUGUACUUUUAGAGUGGUAUAUAUUUUGAGGAUCUCGGCUACCACUGUGUUUAUCUUUGCCAAUAAAAACUGUUGUAAUUCCAA